UCCAACCUUCAAAACUUGUGUGCUUUUCUCUCCCUUUCUCUUUCUUCCUUGAAAUUCAAGAAUUAAAAUAUAAUUAUCAUUUUAAAGCAAGAAAAUAAAUCUGUAUGGCUGCACUGAGAGAGCUUCAACACCAAAACUCACCCCAAAAUCACCCAUCACAAUACGAAAGCUGGCAAAUCUCCACCUGGCCUCACCGUGCAUGCUUUGCCGGCGGCUGCGCCACCGUGCUGAUUUCCCUGCUCAAAUGUCUACUACUUACUGUCGGUGGUGCGCGGCCAUGGAUGGAGCCCGUGUUCGCCGCCUUGAUAGCGUACGUGGCGGCGGACUUAGUCACCGGGAUCUACCACUGGGCCAUCGACAAUUACGGCGGAGCUGAAACUCCGGUUUUCGGGUCCCAAAUCGAGGCGUUCCUAAGCCACCACCAGCAUCCGUCGGCGAUAACUCGCAGACAGCUAGCUAACAAUCUCUACAUCCCGUCGGCCGCCGUGACGGUCGUUUUCUCCCCGGUAAACGUCGUUUCCGCUGACCCGGCUUUGCUAGGGUUUGCUGGCGUCUUCGCCGGUUGCAUAAUGUUCAGCCAGCAGUUUCAUGCAUGGGCUCACACCCCAAAAGGGAAGCUCCCCCCGCUGGUAGCGGCGAUUCAAGGCGCCGGAAUCAUUGUGGGUAGGGCUCAGCACGCGGCGCACCACCGGCCCCCUUACAACAGCAAUUACUGCAUCGUGAGCGGAGUUUGGAACAGGUUUCUGGACAAGUCCAAGUUCUUCGUGGCGGCGGAGGUGGCGGUGUUCCGGGUGUUCGGCGUCCGGCCGCGGUCGUGGAGCGAGCCUAUCUCUGACCGGAAGCUGCAGGAGGGAGGGAUUAAUUAUCAUAAUUAAUUUAAGUGAUUUAAAGUUAAAUAUA